UUUGGACUCAUGGGCUUGAGAUAUUGAACAACUCAGUUAAUAGAAACCUAACCAAACAGUAUUACUUAUUUCCAGCUUAGUCGGAAAGGUCGUUUGGACCAUUUCAAAAUCUUAAAUAUUUGGAAUAUAAAUAACAAACAAAUAAACUGGGCAAUUCUGAAUAUAACACAAAAGCCUGCUAAAGUAUAUUCUGAAAAAGCUGCCAAACAAUUCUGGAUUCCGAAACGAUAAACAACUGGAAAAAGAUUGCCGACCGUGUUUUGUCACAAUAUGAACUUCGAAUUUUAAUAAAACUCGAAUUGAGGUUGUUGCUGAGUCUUACACCGAAUUAACUCUUCUCAAAAUCGGAAAUAUUUAACGAUUGUCGGCGUUCAGCUGUUCGUCAUCUUGAUGGUGGAGAAGCAUCGUCUAGUUUCUCAACCUUGAGACGUUCGUGAUCGAAAAAGGUAUUGAAAUUGAAACAACAAAAAAUCAUUUUUGUAAAGAUAUAAAGAUGGGUAGGGGCUAUAGAUUACUUUCAAUAUGCUUCUUGCUGACAUCAUCUUUCUACCUGCUGAUUUCUGCUAUAAGUCCCCCAUCCAAUUUGAGAGUAGUUAAUCUGAGAAGCAACACUGUAACAGUAUCAUGGACUUCACCGACAGAACCAACAGAUUCUUUCUCCAUUUCUAUAUCACCACUGGAUGACGGUGAAUCAGCUUUACCUCAGUUCUUCAAUUCAAGCCAUGCUACUUGGGACAACUUGGUAUCUGGGAAAGAGUACACUGUUGAAGUCAGGUCUGUUGUGGAUGGCGAGGAUCCAAGUUUACCGGCUGUUCUUAUUAUAACCACUGUGCCAGCUUCACCUUAUAAUAUUCAAGUAUCAAAAUUUGUGAAUCCUCUCAUAAAUCAGUACCGAGUAACCGGUUCAAAGACAAUGAUGUAUCCGGUAUACGGCGCUGUAGUGUCGUGGGAGAUGCCAGAUAUGGGAAUGCUCGAUGAUUUUGUUUUAACUGUGGAUCCACCACACGGAUCAAUCCGAGUUCCAAUAAAGUUAAAAAGUGGAAUAUCUUCGGAAGCGCGCACUGAACAGCGCCGUAUUGUUUGGGAGCUAUUACCUGGAGUCGCAUAUGACUUUACAGUUCAAACAAAAAGCAACGGGGUUCUCAGUAACCCCAUUACCGGAAAAGAACGAAUGCCCCCGGAAAUACCUGGUUCGCUAACAGUGGAAGAAUUGAAGUCAACAUCUGUAGUAAUAUCCUGGGAAGGAAACCACCGUGGCAUCCUGGAUGGAUACGCAAUUGAGACUGAGCCUGUGGGAGGAAUUGCAGUUCAAAUUAGUGAUGAUCCUUUACAUCAAAGGAGAAAAGUCGAUAACCUAAUUCCAGGCACGACAUAUGAUAUUGAAGUGUAUAGUACUAUGGAUGGUUUGUUAAGUUUUAAACCAAGUGUAAUUGUGAUCAACACUCCUCCUGCAACUCCAAGAAAAGAAGUCAAAAGCGAACAAAUAACAUCUGAAUCAGUUUUCAUCACAUGGAAUCCUCCGCCAGGGCAAUUCGAAUAUUACGAGAUUGUGUACUACCCAACUGAUCGCGACUUCGGCCGUCUUCGAGAACGUGUUUGGGAUGCAAGAGUUAAUCUGACUCGACUUGAUCCAGGAAGUUCCUAUCAAGUCGAAAUAUUUUCUUUUGGGAACGAUCUUUUCAGUGAACCAUUGCUAGAGACAGUGUACACACGUCCACUGCCACCAAAUAAAGUAAAGACUACGUCGACACAUGACACCAUUAUUAUGAGCUGGGAAACUGUAUAUUUUGAUGGGGGAGCAAAGAUUGACUACACCAUUGUUGGGGAAGAGAAUGGAACAAUUACGAAGUACUUGGGCCCUGGGAUUACUGAAUUAUCUAUUACCGAACUUGAGCCAGGGAGCGAUUACGUCAUCAACGUGUUUACUGUGAAAAAUGGCGUUGAAAGUGAUCCAGUGACUGUACAAACACGAACAAACCCAGAACCAAAAGCGCCCCCAAGCGACAACAUCCCGGUCCCGCCCGAAGCAGCAGCAACAGAAAAAACAGUCUGGACAGAAACCACAGGCACAACAGCGCAAACAAGCACAGCAGCAGCGGCAACAACGACACCAGCAGCAAUUGCAGGUCUUGUCGAAGAGACAACAGCAGAAACAGAAAACUAUAAAACAACAACAACAACAGCAGCAGCAGCAACAACAAGUCAAUCAACAACGACAGAGCGAGUCGAAAAAUCGACAAGAAAAGAAUCCAAGUUCACAUCAGUCAUCAACACAGCAAACCCAGCAACGCAAGCAGCUGUUGGUACGCCAGUUGCAACAACGGCAUCUCCUAUUGUUACAACAACGUCGGUUCGCGGCUCUGCGGCAACGGAGGAGCAGCGUAGUACGACGACAAACGCAGAUGCAACGGGAACAAUACGAUCGCAGGAAACGACAGCUACGUAUACAACAGCAACAAAUGUUACAAGCGAGACUCGUGCACCAACGAAGUCAUUCGACGAGGACACAACACCAACAACACGACAGUUCCCAGCAAUCACAAAGGAAGCCGUCACAGAACAAACCACCGACAACCAGAGAGAAGGAAAAAAGUCACAAUCAACAACAGAAGCCGCAAAAUCACAACCGUCCGCAAUUACAAUGUCAUCCACACCAACAAAAGCAACAAUCGACAAUACAACAGCAUCAACAGCAGAUCCCGCGGAACCAGCAGCACGCGCAAAUCAAUUUACAGACGCACCAAGUACGAUCCCAUCACGAUCCAGCUCUACAACAUCAGAGACAACAACAAAGUCAUUUGCCGCCACAACAGAAGCAACACAUGCUACAACAAAUAUUACGAUCAAAUACAGCGAAGCAAGCAGAGCUACAACUCAGGAACCGGAAACAACCUACCCACCUCCGUUCCCCGACAAAGAAAAUCCCGGACCGCCAGGCGACUUCAAGGAACUUAACACAACGACUUCGACAAUCACAAAAGCAACUAGCAAACCUUCUACAACGACUCACAAUACGAAUUACGGCAUGCCUCACAACAGUUACAGUAGUGAAGUGCACACUGAAAGAAAGAAUAAACAUAUAAAUGUAAAUGCGUUUGCUAAGAAGUUGGAGUCAUCGUAUACUCCAAUGAACCCAUUUAGGAAAACCAGUGUUCCACCGGAUGUUAGUUUUGAAAAGUUUCACCAACUAGAUCCUAUUGCAAAAGCCGGAGAAAUUUUCUUCCCAAAUACAGUUGGAAUUGGGUCUACGAUUGGACCGCAUUUUUCGCUACCGAAUAUAAUAGUCGGCAGAACUGUGAAACCUUUCCCUAAAACACAAUAUUACCCGUGGAGAACAACAACGGAUCCUCGACGUGUAAUUCAGCAAUCUUCUGAAACUUUGAGUACAUUUACAUGGCCGAUCACAGUAAGUUCAACAGACCCGACAACAACGUCCAGAAGUACAACAAAGAGCCCUUUAUUUCCUUUCUGGACUUUUACAUCGACAACUACAUCAACUUUAAAGCCUCAAACUACUUCUGCACCACCAUACAGUUCGUUUACAUUGCCUCGUAGACCCUAUACGUGGAUCCCUACUACUCGACCUGCGGUGGAAAGCCGGUUAACAAGAACUUCAACACAAUAUCCGCCUGUUGUUCCAUCGUGGACUUCAAUAAAAUAUCCGAAACCAAGAAGCACUUCAAGAAAAACAAUAACAUCGUCGCUUCCAACAACCGAACCCACGUACACUCCCUUUACGUGGAGAUGGACAAAACAAACGAUUCCAACAUCUUCGACAACGAUGCGCUCGCAGAUACCUAAUGAAUGGUGGAAAACUACCACACGAGCUACUCUACCUCAACCAGUACGAUCGACUGUUACGUCUUCCAGGCAGCCAUUCGUGUAUACUAUACCUACCUGGCUUACUCAAACACCAGUUACGUAUCGUAGUACGAGCACAGCGGCGUCGAAGGCAACAAGAUAUACUACAUCGUCUUUUAAGGUAUUGCCAACAGUACUACCGUCAGAAAGUAUCAAACCUAAUAGGCUCACAAGUUGGCGAACAACUAAACCUUCGCAACCUUCAUUUCGUAGUACAUAUAAAAGUACUAAAACAACAACACCGACUGUUCGAACGAGAACAGGCAAUGGAGACAGCUCAGUCACUCGGAAAACUACCACUGACAUCAACAACUGGACGCAUCUAAGUACAUUUUUGGUGCCUUCAACAUUUGCAAAAACAACUACUCGGCCGGAAGUUGAUGUAAAGGCCUUAACUCCACGAUUAACUCCAAAAUAUACUUCAACAAAAUCAACAACUAAUGCACCGUUUUACAGGGUCUUUCAGCACACUACAACAAAUGCUAAAACACUCAAACAAACAGAUUCAGUUCUUUCAACUCCACAGUUUACAGUCACGAUAUCGCCCACAAGGCCGUUUAGUAUCCCAAAGUCGUCAACAUCGACACUUUUUACUUUGUCGUCUACCUCUGAGCCAAGUCCCAGAAGACGAACCACAGACCUGUGGUUUUCGGCAAUUCCGACUCUCUCAACCGCAACAAAAUCGACGAAUCAAAGUGCUACACUUUUCUCCAAAAUGGAUACUACGUCAUUGCCAAUAUAUAAAGUGUUUACUACUGCUGGUAUUCACAAUAGGUCACCGGUGUCCACAGCUACCUCUUCGUCGUAUACCUUUGAGCCAACUCCCGGUGGGCAGAAUCGUAACGCUACUUUGACAACUACAACCACUAUGAAUUCCGCAAUUUUUCCUCUUUCCUUUGCAUCAUCCAUAGCUUUCACCGAUUUGUCAACUGCACCAAACACUGAAAUACCUGUUGCAACAGUUGCAGAAUCGGCAAAGACAGUAAAUCAUUCUAUUGCAACAGGAGUAGACAAUAAUUCGUCCAAUAAUAAUAAAAGUAUUCACACGGUGCCUGUUAAAACAACAAAUGUUCCACUUGUUAUACCGGAAAGAAGGGCAUUCGAAAUCACAAAAAGGCCCGAACCUAGGAACAUUAAAACUGUAGAAACUUUUCCAGUUAUGGCGACAACUCAACCAGUUAUCGAGAGUACAUUAACUUCAGACCACUUCAAUAAACCUAAUAACGUCACAAAGAUUCCCUAUAUAGAAUUUCUAACCACACGAAGUAGUGUCAUUAAAGGUCAAAUCCAAACGACCUCCGGAUCCAGUUUGAAUCAAAAUACUUCGGAGACCAUUUCAUCACCCACGCAAACCAAGAAGACGCCUGAUGAUUCGUCAAUGCGUUAUUUUGAGAGCACCGCAAGUGGCAUUCCCCAACCAACGACUGUCUCGUUUGAAAAUUCCACCAAUGGAGGUCAGGCUGGAACGUCGUCUACACAGAAAAUGGGAGUUACACAUAGGCUUGUUAUGCCUUCAACAACCACCCUUUCUAUAACAACUGCAUCGUUAUUGAUGACGACUUCUAUAAAUGAAUCACACCCAGGGAAGGCAGUGGAAAAUAUGACUGCAGCCACACCUAUAAUGUCCGAAUUUUCAACUAUAGCAUUAACCAAUAUCACGAUAUCUUUUUUAAAAAAUGUACCGGCCACAACCACAACUGCCAAAGAAACUCAUUUUCUGUCAUCUACCACUGAUUCUACUCAGUCAUAUUCCAAAACAGAUCAAUCCACGGAUCAUGUCCACACGACCGGAACGACUACCAUUGCAACAAAUGGAACAUUAAGUCCAACCUCAAAAAUUGAUGUUGCAGAAAUUACUACUGACAGUCAGGUCAUAUUUAAUACGACAAGCACAUUGAAUGAAUUGAGAACUACCGAUGAAGUUACGGGAAAACUAACAAUGCUCCCACGUUUUCGGUCAAAACUGGUGACCCUACCACCAAGUGAACUGGGCGAUUUGACGACACUGAUUCCGAAAGAUACGACAAUCGGUAAUACAACAACCGCUGAAGAGACAACAACAAAACAAAUCGACAGUAAUGUAACUCAAUAUAGCUAUACGUCUGAGCCAGUCACAGAAGAAGAAAUAAUCAUAGAACACGACCGAGAGACAAUUACAAUAAGAAACGGUUUCAAGACAAUUUGUAAACCGAAUAACAUAACGGUCUUCGUUGACAAAAACGUAAUUGGAAAGUAUGAAUCAGAGUUCGGACCGCUCCAUUUUAAUAAAGACGAUGGGCAAAACUGCAAAGGUGUUGAAUAUGAUAAAUAUUAUCGAUAUACUCUUGCUCCAAACAUACUUGGAUGUGGAACCCAAUUUACGGUGAAUGAUACUCAUGUUAACUUCACUAACACUGUAUCAAAUCGCCGUAAUCACGACUCGUGGUAUGCUGACAUGUUGGAUCCUUCAGGACAUAUUCUUAUAGGAGGAACAAACAUAAAACCCUAUCCACUUGUACAUAUGAAUUUUUAUUGCACAUUCCCACUGGAAAUGACGGUACACACGGAUCUCAUACCUGAUCUCAGAGUUGAAGUCAAAACUUUCAAUGUGUCCGGCGUGGGUGAAUUUUCUGCCAUCAUGCAACUAUUCAAAGACAAACAAUAUCAACAUCCACAUUUUGCUGCACCUUCUCUAACACCUGAUCAACUGCUAAGGGUUGGAGUGACACUUUUAAAAACGAAGGACGAAGAUAUCUCAAUUGCUGUGAGAAAAUGUUGGGCUACUCCUGUUCGUUUAUACGAUUAUGAUACCUUUUAUCCUCUGAUCGAAAACUAUUGUCCACAAGAUGGAGCUCUCAACAACAAUUUAACUAUAUUGGAAAACGGAAAAAGCAAAAGAUCAAGAUGGGAAGGACCUGUGUUCAAGUUUGUGAAAUACACAGAAGUCUGGCUACACUGCGAAUUAAAAGUUUGCUUCGGAGAUAGCUGCAAUACGACAUGCAGUCAACUUGGAUCUCCGAGAGCUAGAAGAUCUUUAAAUCCUACACGCGGUGCCGCUAUUGUAAGUGCUGGCCCAGUUUUUGUGAAACGAGAAGAGAAAAUAGAGAAACAGGCUCCAAAACCACCAGUGAAUACAGAUGCACAAGACGGCUUACAAGAGACCACUGUCAUCAUCAUUGUAGCAGUCCUGUGUGCCGUAAUAUUUUUGAUGUGCGUUUUGUUUGUUCUAAUUAUGGUAAAAUGUCGACGCAAUCGUCGGGACAAAGACACUGACGCAAUUACGUGUCCGGAAUCUUUUGCGACAUCUACAUUAGGAAGUCGUAGAGGUGAAGACGCCUACUGGGACGCAGAUGGGCAGUAUAAAGUGAGAUCGUCUCCCGUGCACAAUCCUAAUGCACCAGCUUCAAUCGAUCCGAAUUUACCUCCUGUUCCGUGCAUUUCAGCGAGUGGAGAAUUUCCAGACAGCUUUGCAGUUGUUGAAGAUGUCCCGUCGAUUUUGGCGCCUACACCUAACUGUUAUUCAAAUCCAACUUUUGAUAGUAAAUCAGAAAACAGAUAAUUAUGUUUUUUUUUUAUUUCUAGGCAAUGAGGCGUUCUAUUUUUCCAUUGUUCAAGUUGGAGAUAAUAAUUUUCCUAUCGUGGCGCCGUGGCUAGAUUUCAAUUUGAAUAAAAAAUUCGAAUUUAUAAAGCAUUGGUCAUUGAGAACUACUAAGUUUUCUAAUGUAACACAAACAGUAGCAUUUUAUGUAUAAAGACUUUAUUUCGAAAACCUUUUUCGGAUUACAGGCGUGAAAACGUCCAAAAAAAAUUCAUAUUCCUUGUCAAAUGUCGUAGUGACUAGACCCGGCAAAUCAUAAGUGUAUUUCAUUACUUUUAUCUCCCAUGAAAAAGUGUUAUCUUCAUUUCUUGCCAAUGAUAGACCAGUUAAUAGUACUCUUUGAAAAGCCAAUUUUUAUAUAUUUUUGUUGAUAUACCCGCAAAUGUUCUUUAGUAUUAAUGAUUUUGAUUAUUCUUUUUUUCUUUAUAUUUCUUUCUGCCUUUAUUUAUCCGCUUCUAUUAGGUUGUUACGCUUUGUUUGUAUCGGAUCAUUCGGCAACUUGAUUUAAAUUUACAUAUUUGCACAAAAUUAUAAAAAAAAAGUGUUAUUGAUGAUACAGUGCUAUAUUUAUAAUAUGUCACAACUUCACACGAGCAAAGAGGUUUGAAAAGUGGCAAUAUUAAAGCUAAAAAGAUUACAGACAAUUUGUUUUGAUAAGUUUAUGAUGAAUAAAUGUUUUGUUCAUUUUGUUUGUUGUAAGUAGAUUUCAUUCAAAGUCAGAACUCAAAGAUCAUUUUGUGCUCUGUAAUUUGAAUUUUUGCAGUCGAAAUGAUUACCUUUUAAUUUGUUAUUGAUGGUACACAAGUUGCUAUCGUUUUUUGACAUUUCUGAGAUAAUUUAGAAUAUUUCCAUGCCAAAUAAUCUCAGAUCACUCUCAAAUUUGGAUGGUGAUAUAUUAAAAAUUCAAAAUAUCAUUUGUGAUUCUUUAUUUUUAAAAUUAUUUACAAUAAGAGGCUGUGUUACUUUAUUGCACAUGUGCGCUAGUUUUUUUUCUUUCAGUUGAGUAGUUUAUAAUAUAUAAUGUUAUACUAUUUUGUCUUCUUUACUUAUUCUAUUGCAUUAUUACAGUUCUGAAAAUAUAA